CCAAUAAGAAUCUUCUCCUUCUCAUGAAACCCUUCUGUAGGUUUGCUUGGGUUCAGGAGAAGUUGAUUUUUUACUUGUGAAUCUAUCUUAUAGUUUCUUUCCUCAUUGAGGCGGAUGAUGGUUGAGGAGGAGCUAAAUGAGUGCAAGCCUAUAAGCAAAAUGGGAAAUGAUGUUAAACUGUUCAAGUUUGUUCAUUUCAUUUCAAGUUGCUAACAACAGUAAUUUAUUUUGUUCAACAAUUGAGAGGAAAAAAAAGUCCUUUUGUGCCUCCAAAAAUGUCCAAUGUAAAUGAGGGAAAAGUGGCUGAAAAAAGCAUCAAAAGUGAAGUGAAAAGUGAUCACAAAUCGCCAUUCAAUCAUGCAACAUUUACAUCGCCCUUUUCCAUGGAGAAAAUAUUAGAGAAAAAAAUUAAACAAUCAAAUUCAACAUCGACCACAACAUCGACCACACCAUCAAGUCCCUCCAUAUCACCAGUUCAAUCACCAGUACAGUCACCAGUACAAUCACCUGUCCAUUUACCUCAUCAACAUCAUCAUCAUCAUCCUUGGCUGAAACCAUUUUCAUUUACAUCAUUCUGUGAACCUUUAGCAAUCAAAUGUCAGUUAAGGAAACACAAGAGCAAUCGCAAGCCGAGAACACCCUUUACAACUCAACAGUUAUUAGCACUGGAAAGAAAGUUUCAGUCCAAACAGUAUUUAUCAAUUGCCGAAAGAGCAGAGUUUUCAACAUCUUUAAACUUAACGGAAACUCAGGUUAAAAUUUGGUUCCAAAAUCGACGGGCCAAGGAAAAGAGGUUAAAAGAGGCCGAAGUGGAAAAGUCCAAUUUCACUCGAAGUGUUCCCUUCUCCACCUUUGGUUUACAAUUUUAUCCAACCUUUCAUCAACACCAAUCACCGACUGCAUCCCAAAUCACCAAACUCAUUUAUCCAACGCAACUGAUUAACCGAUUAACGAAGUAACAAUAAAAUAGACUUUUCAUGUUCGCAUUUUGAUCUCCUUUUUACACAUUGCCACCUAAAUUGUUAGUCAAUCGAUUAACUGUGAUUAAAGAGGAAAACAUUUCAGCAAAGUUGGAUGAAACUUUUAUGUCCUUUGACGCUCUUACAAUAUUUACAGUUGAACGGAUCGAUAUUGAGAAACAAAAAGCUUGAAGAUGAACAAAAAGUGAACUUAUUUUUCAAGCAAAGAUAUUAACAUGAAAAUGUGAUUUCAUGAUAAAGACACUUAUUAGCUGGAAAAUGUUGAUUUAAUUGUUUCUCGUGUCAAUUGUAAAUAUUAAUAAAACGUUUGAUUGUGAUUUUGUUUGUUAUUGUUUUGCAUCAACUUCAAUAAGGCUUAAACUUUCAAUCAACUCUGAACAUCGUAAGCCAGAAACAGAAAAACUUUUGAUUACUUUGCACAUUUAAUUGAUUAGUUAAAUGAAAUAUUGUGUGAUUAAAGUAGAUUUAUUGAUCUAUUUAGUUUUACUAAAUUUUUGUUAUAUUCAGCUAACCUAAUGAAAGCCAUUAAACUUAUAUUGACUUGAGCAAAACAUGAAACAAAAGACUUGAAUGGAAAGCACAAAACAAAACAAAAUCUCUCAUCACUUUUAACCUUACAUAAUUGAAUUGCAGGAAAAUUAAAGUUAAUGGUAAUCUAGAGGAUAAUUAAGACGAUAAUCAACUCGACUCAACUCUGAUUGCGUGAUAUUGGAAGAGGAAAAGCAAUAAAGGCGAAAAGGGAAAUCACAGGAAAACAAAAAGAAGGGUUGAAAUGGAUGAACCAUGAAAGGAAAAAUUUGUUCAAGACAAGUUACAGAAAAAGUUUACCUGGGAAAUUAGAGAUUCAUCAACUGAUCAUUAUCCAAAUUGUACAUGUCACCUCAACUGGUGCAACUUGAAGCCAUUGGAAGACAAUAUCAUGAAAUACUCAUGGAAUCAUGGUGAUAUUGAGGCUGGUCAAUUAGAGUCAAUUGACUUUUGUAUAGGUUUUGCAUCCUUCGAAGGCGUUUGUGCUCCUUUUCAUCCUUUCCAUUUCUCCUCCUCUUAUAGUCUUGAAUCACUUUACAUGAUUCCUGAUUCGAUGCAACAUUUUUUCAUUGUAAUAACAUUAAAAGAUGUUUCCUGUUAAAAA